CGGGACCGGAAAGGGUUGUUGGUCUGCGCAGGCGCUAAGAUGGCGGCUGCACGGUGUUACCUUCGCUUGGUGUCGGUGACCUGGAACCCAUUGGCUGGAGUCCGGCCUGGCACCGUGCGGAUACUCGCCACUCGGGGUCUCCGUACUGCCUUUUGUGUGGGCCCUGGAUUGCUAUCGGCUGGAGGUCUGGGUCUCAGGUUCGGCCUGGAACUAAGGUUGCGGCUCUCCGGCUGUUCACCAAAUUCUCUAGGUGUUGCUGCAUUUCAUACAGCUUCUCCUUUAGCCAAAACUGAUUAUUAUGAGGUGUUGGGGAUCCCUCGCAACUCAACGCAAAGAGAGAUAAAGAAGGCUUAUUAUCAGCUUGCAAAGAAAUACCACCCAGAUACAAACAAAGAUGAUCCAAAGGCAAAGGAGAAAUUUUCCCAAGUGGCAGAAGCAUAUGAGGUUCUGAGUGAUGAAGUGAAGAGGAAACAGUAUGACUCUUAUGGGAGAGUUGGGUUUGAUGCAGGAGGGUCAAGGAGUCAGGAAUACUGGCAGUCAGGGCCUUCAGUGGAUCCAGAGGAGCUUUUCAGACGCAUCUUUGGGGAGUUUACUGGCUCUGGAUUCAGAGAUUUUAACACUGUCUUUGACCAGCACCAGGAGUAUAUCAUGGAACUGACCUUUACACAGGCUGCAAAAGGUGUCAACAAGGAGAUUACGGUGAAUUUAGAGGACACAUGCCAGAGGUGUGAUGGUAAGGGAAAUGAACCAGGAACCAAAGUCCAGCACUGCCAUUAUUGCAACGGAAGUGGCAUGGAAACUUUGAACACUGGUCCGUUCAUGAUGCGCUCUACAUGUCGGCGAUGUGGUGGGCGGGGAUCUGUUAUGACGACACCCUGUAUCGUGUGCCGAGGAAGUGGGCAGAGUAAACAGAAGAGGACAGUGAUGGUACCAGUUCCGGCUGGCGUGGAGGAUGGACAGACUGUAAGGAUGCCAGUGGGACGCAAGGAGAUCUUCAUUACCUUCAGGGUCCAAAGGAGCUCAACUUUUCGAAGGGAGGGAGCUGACAUUCAUUCUGACCUGUAUAUAUCCAUAGCCCAGGCAGUUCUGGGAGGUACUGCACGGGCUGCAGGACUGCAUGAAACCAUCAAUAUCACGAUUCCAGCUGGGGUUCAGGUUGAUCAGAGGAUUCGACUUGCCGGUAAAGGUAUCCCAAAAGUCAACAGUUACGGAUAUGGAGAUCACUAUAUCCACAUAAAGGUGAAAAUCCCAAAGAGGUUGACGGCCAGACAGAGUUCCCUGAUGCUGGCUUACGCAGAGGAGGAGAACGACGUGGAGGGCACAGUGAAUGGAGUAGUUAAUACCACUGCAGGAAAGCGCUCGAGUGGAAACUGAGCCCAGCCUGGGUACCAAGAUCGUGGGCUGGUGUGCUGCUGUGAAAGAUGGAUGUUUUACGCCGUCACCGCCAGAGUAGCAAGAGCUGUUGAAGGAAUUCCUUUUCCUUGAAACGAAACAGCAAGAACCAGAGACAAACUCAUUUUCCAAUAAGAAAGCCUUUACAUUUUAUUUUGUAGUUCUGAUUAAUUCUGUACAGUGUCAAUGGCCAUGUAAAUAUAGUGACUGAUACAAUAUUUAAUUACAGCUGUUACAAUGUGA